ACCUUGGCUCGGAAGAAGCAGCCGGAGCAGGUACCUGGCUCCCGCACCUGUUUCUCCUGCACCUGACAUGCAGCUGCCGUCCCUGCGAUCGCUCCUGCCCCAGCCCACCUCUCCACUCAGCUCCCCUGCGUUCUGGGCUCCAAGCCUUGCCUGACAGCCUCAGAGAUACUCCUGCCUCCCCCAUUCUCACUCUCCUGCCCUCACCCACUCCCUGGGAAAGGUCUCCACCAGAGAAGUCUGGAUUAACAGGAGGUCUCCUCUGAAUAUUCUGCACCAGGGAAUCAUGGCAGACGUUGGCUGGUGGAAGCUGACCUUUUUGCGCAAGAAAAAGUCAACCCCCAGGGUGCUAUAUGAGAGCCCGGACACUUAUGCCCACCUAGAUGGAGGUACUGAGCCCGCCCGGCCUGAGGGAGUGAGUCCCAACAGCGACUUUAAUGCCCGGCUAGAGAAAAUUGUGGACAAGAACACCAAGGGCAAACAUGUCAAGGUCUCCAAUUCUGGCCGAUUUAAGGAAAAGAAAAAGGUUCGAGCCACUUUGGGGGAAAAUCCCAACCUCUUUGAUGAUGGAGAUGGGAAAGGACAGUGAAGCGUGAGAAGGGGGGUGCUAAGUACCUCCUUCUUUGCUACCAUCAGCUGGAUUCUGAAAAGGAAAACUGACACUCCAGCCUCUCUGCCCACUGCCCAAGCUUUGCAGAGGGUCCUUUGCUGGCCUCUAUACCUGCGGGCAAGGAAAUGUCUCUAUCACUUAUAGAUGCAUGACUCUCUCCUAGGUGAAGGCUGGCCCUAGAGGUCUGGGGUUGUCCCCACCCUCACAUGGAGGUUCCUCCUUAGUUCAAGGAUUGUAUCCCUGGAAAGAGGGAGGACAACAACCCAGGGAGGGCUAAUCCUCAAUACAGCUCUAGGCAGUUCCUACUGGGAGUGGUGGGUGAAAGUGGAGUGCCAUUCCUGUACCCCAGGAAUAAGGAUCAGGAUUAAGUUUGAAUUGCUGCUCUCACCUCCACUUUCACCCAUAGCCUUUUCCCUGUGGCAACUUUUUCUAGAAGCUACACGGAAUGAAGCUGGCAUAGUCUUUUCCCCAAGAGUCAGAGGAGUAGGGAGAGUCAAUUCCUUACCUCACCUCCUUUUGCACUUCCUGGAACUUUGCCUAAAAAAUGUGGCCAGAGGAGGAUCCCUCAAACUUCCACAAGACUCCAAAGAGAUAGAUCGGUAGAUUUCAGUUCCUGCUAGGGACACUCCUUUCUAGGUGUGUCAAGAUAGACAGUGACAAUGGGGGAACUACAUGGCUCUAAGGAUUCCUUCUCAGGGAAACCAAGAUGGCCCACCUAUCUACUCUCCCUGCCAGAAUACGUAGUUAAGACAAAUGCCCUGGAUGACAUCCUGGGUCCUGAAUUUGUUAUUUUUUAAGUUUGGUCAUAAAUUUCUUUUUGGUAAUAAACAUGACUUGAAAGUGGAAA